UGACAAAGUCCUAAACAUAGUUAUCAAUUUUUAGGACUUGUCUAAAUCUAUUAGUUAGUACUUUACUAAUUUAUUUGUUGUAUUGUUGAAUUAAAUAUGGAAGACUUAUAUUUUAUGUUGAUUGUUGAAUUACUUACGGAAUAAAAAUGAUGUUGAAUUGUUGCUAAUUUGCUAUUGCCCUAACUUUUAUAUCUUCCCUUUUCUUUGCUACAUUUUCUUAUUUUGUCUAUUUUUUGUUUGAUAUUUUCUCCAUACAUCACACAUGGGUCUCACAUUUUGUUAUCGUUUAUGUUCUCGAUUGUAUUUCUCUAUUUUUAAUUUCUUUUUUGAUUAUUUAUAUAUUUUUCAAAUUUAUAAUAAAUAUAUAGAUGAAUUUAUGAUUUUAAUAAAUUGAUUUUUGUUGUUAACCGCAACUGAACUGCAUCAAACUCUGCGGUUUGUGGUAUAGUUUUGAAUAGUAUAGUUUUGGAUGACGGAGAGGUCUUGUUAUCGAUGGAAUUUUGAUGACCCUCAUUUAAUUGUUAAGCACGUGGUAUUCGGAACUGUCCAAACUUCAAGCUCAUAUGAUGUGACUUUCUUUUGUGGUGUAUAUUAGUAAAUGAUAUAAAAUCCAUAAUUAAAUCUCAACAACUGGAGUUAUUGAGACCCAUUUGGUUAUUGACAACUUUCGAAGAAUACUUCGCCGAUAUGAAACAUUUUUAAAAUUAGUUGAUCAAUACCUGAUUCUGUAAUGAUUCAUCCCACAACAAUACAUAUAUUUUUAUUCCAGGUCCGGGGCCAAAAUGGCUACUAGAAUUUUAGUAACCAUCCUAACACAUUCCUUCCAUGUCCACUAGCUCAUCAUCAGAACUUCGGCCAUGAUAUAAUCAAUAUAUCCAAAAUGUGCUCUACCAAGUAUCCAAAACAAGGGAUAUAUUGUGCAUUAUUUUCUGCUGAGGAGCAGGAGUGCAAUAAAUUAAAUUAGGAGGAUGAUUCAUCAAACAGAAAAAAGUAGGAGGAUGUAAAGGCCUCAUCGUUGAUAAAACUAUUUGACCCAAUCCAUGCCCAGCGAUACGAUAUAUGGAAUCCUCUUUUCUCAAAUCAAAUUCCUGUUAAUUAUUGGGUUAAUGCCACAUUUGGUCACUGUGAUUACUAAAUUGUGUCAUGUUUAGUCACUAGAAAAAAUUAAUAUCAAAUUUGGUCACUCUAAUUACUGAAAUAGGUCAUAUUUAGUCACUUUCCGUUAGUCUCCAUCCAACUUCGUUAGUUGAGUCCGUUAUGUGCUGACGUGGCUAAUGGGAGCGCCUAGUCAGCACUAUUUUGGACCGGAAAUGGUCAAACCCGACCCGCCAUGUCACUAAACCCGCCAUGUCAUACACCCAACCCAACCCGAACCAGAAUCAAACCCUUUCUCCUUCGACACGCAAGCUCUGCCCCUUCCUCGAAUCAAUUCCCCCCCACACACAAAAAAAAAAAAAUGGUUCAUCAUCCAUCCAAAAUAGCUCCCGAUCAGAAUCCCUUUCCUUAUCCAACAAUGGAUCCCCUUCGCUGAUCCACCAAAAACCCACUUGCCCAGUCCCUCAAACGCCUCCACCAUCACCACUAUGACCCCCGAAAGCCUCCUCUCCCGCCGCCGACUACCGAGAAGACAACCACCACAGGACUCCGACGUCCUCCCCUUCCCACUCUACGUCACCAACGCCUUCUUCUUCGCCCUCUUUUUCUCCGCGGUCUACUUCCUCACCCGCUGGGGGAGAAGAUCCGUACAUCAACCCCUCUCGACGUCCUCACUUUCUUCGAAAUCCUCGCCUUCCUCGCCUCCUUUGUCUACCUCCUCGACUUCUUUGGCAUCGACUUCGUCCAGUCCUUCCUCCUCCGCACGGACGACAACGACGAAUCUAUUGACGGCCCAGCCAGUGGAUUCGUCGCCGCCUGCCCCCAAUCUCUUGAUUGUGCAAUUUUCGCCGCCACUCCUGACCUAGCCGCCGUGCCUUCCUACUCCCUCAAAUCCAAAUUGGGGGGACUGAAUUUGAGGAUUUUUUUUGGUGGGUGAAUUGAUUCGAGAAACGAGCAGAGCUUGGCGAGGAAGGAGAAAGGGUUUUGGUCUGAAAUGGCCACUAACACGAUCGGUUUUCCAAUUUUGUUUUGUUAAGUGGGUUAGGGUUGGGUUAAUGGGUUGGGUUGGGUUAAUGACAUGGAGGGUUUAGUGAUGUGGCAGGUCGGGUUUGACCAUUUUCAGUCCAAAAUGGAGCUGACUAGGCGCUCCCGUUAGCUACGUCAGCACAUAACAGACUCAACUAACGGAGUUAGAUGGAAACUAACGGAUAGUGACUAUAUGUGACCUGUUUUAGUAAUUAGAGUGACCAAAUUUGAUAUUAAUUUUUUCUAGUGACUAAAUAUGACACAAUUUAGUAAUCACAGUGACCAAAUGUGGCAUUAACCCGUUAAUUAUUUUACUAAAAUUAUAUUACCAUUAUAAAACUAUUAAAAAAAGCUUCAAAUGGAUCAAAUUAUAAUAAUCUAUAGUAUAGCUCCAAUUCUAUAAACCUACUAUACUUGAGGGCGUGCACUGUGCUUAGAAAAUGACGUUCCAAGCUUUGCCUAUUCUAUUCUAUGAUGAAGUUUGGUUUGCCUAAUCAAAGAUUCUUUAGCUCUUCCAUAAAUCAAAUGGUCAUUGUUUAAGUUAAAUAAGCUUAUCAUAUAUUAUUCAUUACCAAAAUAAAGAAUCAUACAAUAUUGGCCGGUUUACCUAAAUUUGAUAAAGAAGAAAAAAAAAAUCAUUUUUCCAAAGAGAUGAAAUGCUCUCACAGAUAAGGUUUUUCAGUUGCACGAUAAAUGCAGACAGUUGGAUUAUAUUGCGUACACUCCUCCGAAAGUCCCUUAAUUUUGGUGCAGUAUUGAGUUAUAUAUUGACCUAGCACCUAGCUUGCAAACAUGAAUCUCAACUUCCAUAUUCGUAAUCCCAAUAGCAUCAGGUUGACCUUAUCUCUUCAUCGAUUCAUUCCCAAAUAAUCAUUGCAUUCUCACGAUUCAUAGCCGAUCUACUAAUUUCUUUAUAGAGCGAAUUAGUGAUCCAACAUAACACUAGCACGAGAAGUGUUAUCUCCCAGAGAUAACGAACUACGAUAAGCUUGUAUUACAACAUCACAUUCUAAUCGAUAUAUAGACAGUGAUCAGAAAGCCGAAAGUAUCUGAGUAUGUUUGAACUUCUUCUUCCAUGCUCUCACACAAAAAUACUCAUAUCCCUACUGAUCAGUUCAACAUUUGCUGGAGAAGAAUAAUUCACUACUUACUUCAUCGAAUUCUUAGUAGUUUUAUCUUUCGUUUUCUGAUUAAAGUUUUAAGUCAACACAUACUUGUCUUGUCAUAUGCGUCCAGCCAAAUGUCAACGAAAAUAAUGCAUUCGAUUUCGACGAGUCCACAUAUUCCGACGACGCCCCUGGCCCCUCUAGUAGCUAUUAGAGAUAAGUCAAUUUUGUCGUUUAUACUUUGUAGCAUACGUUUAUUGUAAUUGCCACCCAUUACUACUAUUGGCUGUCACUCUAAUAUAUAUUAUACAUAUAUAUACACUAAUCAGUUUUAAAUAUAUAUAUAUACCCACUUUUAGUAGACGACAACACACUAAACUGGUGAAUCACUAAUUUAAUCAACCUUCAAUAACUAGUAUUCUUGCUUGUAACGUUUUGUUUUGUUUUGUUGGAAGAAGCCUGUAAAAACACCACUCUCUUAUGAUAUGAACUUCGUAUGGAAUAGAAACAUUGUUCGUGUCAUAAAAAAAAAUCAAAGGGUGUGGCAUGUAUAAUUGGUAUAUAUAUAUAUAUAUGGACAGGAACGAUCAAGAGGGUGCGCUGGGAGACCCUCCGGCAAAGAGCCUUGAAAGGGCAUGAGAUUUUCAUCUGAGUCUUUUAGUUAAUCCGAUCGUACAUUUUAAUAAUAAUAAGAAGUAGGAAUGACA